AUGGGGCCUGCUCUCAAAUUCCGCAAGACCCCCAAGGUUGAAGAGGUCAAUUUUGACCCGGCAGCCCGCGAAGAAUUCCUGACUGGGUUCCGGAAACGCAAGCAGCAGCGCAUCAAACAUGCGCAAGAGAUUGCAGCGAAGAGAGCAAAGGAAGAGAAACGAAUCGACCGUCAGAAGAUCCGCGAAGAACGAGCAGCCGAAUUUCAACGGGCGAUAGAGGAGCAUAAACGACAGCUCAAACUGUUGAAAGCAGAGGACACCAGCGACAACGAUGAUAACAAUUCGGGCUCAGAUGAAGAGAGCGACGAUGAAUGGCAGGGGUUUGAGGAACCGCCGGCGGUUGACUACGAGGCCGAAUACAUUGACGAAGACAAAUACACGACGGUCACAGUGGAAGAGAUAGACUCUUCAAGAGAGGGGCUACGAAAGUCGAUACUGGGAGAAGACUCCGACGAAGAGAACAAGGCCAAAGCUGAGGCGGCGGCGAAACGUCGGGCGGAAGAAGAAGCCGAAGCUGCUCGCUUACUCAAAAAGAGAAAGGCCACCACGGAUAAGCCUAAGAAAAAGAAGAAGCAGUUCCGCUACGAGAGCAAACAGGAUCGCAAACUUGCGGCAGCGAAACAGCGCCUGUCAAAAGCGAAAAAGGCCAAGGCGCGGCGGGAGAAAUGA